GCAUUUUUGUUUUCUUCUUGUCAUAAUUUAUUUAUUUUCAAUUUUUCAGAACUUAUUUGUAGAAAGCCUCAUAUAAAUGUGGCUGGAAUCCCUUUCUCCUACUCAUAGCAUUAGUUAGCAAUUUAGCAUCCACAAAAGUACAGAAACCUAAUCCUACUUACAGACACAAACACUAUUUUCCCGCCAAAAUCAAAUGCUCUGUUUUUCUCUGCUUCAGCUUCCACAUAUACCUUUCUUAACCCACUUCCCACACCAACCUGCACUCUCAAAAUCUGUAUUAAAAUCCCUUUAUUUCUCUUCAAAACCAUCUCUUAACCAAGUUGUCCGCAAAAAACUUCGUGGGUAUUUCUCAUUUUCGAAUUCAUCAGCUUCUCCGUCCCCUGAGGAUGCUUUCGCUGUCGAAUUGGGCCGUCUUUUGGGGCUGUUGCCCGAGGAGAUGAGAAGAAGAUUAAGCGAGCAUCCAGAGCUCCAUGACUUGGUUGAGGUUGUUAUGGAUGUGGGUCGCAGGCCACUCGCGAGGUUUCCAUCUGGGGAUUUUGUUCUAUCGGAUUGUCCUAUUACGUUUCAGGAUCUUGAGCAGGCAACUUCUCAAGUUGGUGACUUUGCCAUUGACAAUCGAGCUGGCAUCAGUAGGACAUUGCACCGUAUCAGUGCCAUUAGAAACCGGAAGGGUCAUAUUAUUGGUUUAACUUGUCGCGUUGGGCGGGCAAUACAAGGCAGUGCUGGUUUACUGAGAGAUUUGGUUCAGGAUGGAGCUUCUAUUUUGCUUAUUGGGCCUCCAGGGGUGGGAAAAACUACAAUUAUCAGGGAAAUGGCUCGAAUGCUUGCAAAUGAUUACAAGAAACGAGUAAUGAUUGUUGACACUUCCAAUGAGAUAGGUGGGGAUGGUGAUAUCCCUCAUGCAGGCAUUGGUAAUGCCCGUCGGAUGCAAGUACCCAAUUCAGAUAUGCAACAUAAGGUUUUAAUAGAAGCAGUUGAAAAUCAUAUGCCUCAAGUGAUAGUGAUAGAUGAAAUUGGCACAAAACUUGAAGCAAUGGCCGCAAGUACAAUCGCACAACGUGGGAUUCAGCUUGUUGCCACUGCUCAUGGAGUUACGAUAGAAAAUUUGAUUGUGAAUCCUUCUCUAGAAAUGCUAGUUGGAGGAAUACAGAGUGUUACACUAGGGGAUGAAGAAGCAAACAGGAGAGGAGUUCAGAAGACAGUGCUGGAGAGGAAGGGACCUUCAACAUUUAGUUGUGCAGUGGAGAUAAUUUCAAAAACUGAGUUGCGAGUUCAUCGUAGCCUAGAGUCAACGGUGGAUGCCAUUCUCUCAGGUCGUUCACCAAAGGUUGAAGUUCGCAAGAUGAAUUCUCAGGGAUUCAGGGAAACUGUACAAAUGGAAUAUCUUGUUGACACAUCUUUUGAGAAGCAAGAUGAGAUUCUGUUUGAAGAUCUUCAAAUGGCAGAUGAAAGGAUUGCUAGUAAUGAGUUGACUUCUGAGUCUCAUCUGAACAUGGUAGAGAAUUCUUUGCAAGACAAGCCAUCAAUUUGCUUGUAUGUUUAUGGGAUCCUGGAGGCAAGUGUGAUUCAAGGGAUCAAUCAGUUGAAAAUGGAUAGUGCAGUUCAAUUAACUGAUAAUAUCAGUGAGGCAGAUGCACUACUUGCCUUGCAGGCCAAGCUCAAGAAGAAUCCUGGGAUUCAAGCUGCUGCUAAGUCUCAUGACAUCCCCAUAUAUGCGACAAAGACAAGUUCAUUGGUGCAGAUAACAAAGGCCAUUAGGUCGUUGGCUAGUGAUUGUGCUAAUAGAUUGAAAGAUUCCGGGUCAGAAAGUAAUGCCAAAAUAUCAGAGAAGACUGAUGCCCUGGAAGAGGCAAGAAUGGCAAUUGAGCAGGUGGUAUUUCCAAAAGGGGAACCGGUAGAGCUACUUCCGAGGUCACCUCAGAUUAUUUCAGUUCAGAUGGACUUUAUUCAAAAAUACAAUCUACAAGCAGAGAAAAUUGGUACAGAGUCAGAUGUACGUCUUCGCAUCCUUCCAUAUCAGGAUAUGUUGGACGAAGGCCAGAAACGUAGUGAAACAGUUGACAGAGAUAUUACAGAUAUUGGGUCUGAUGACUUCCUUGGUGCAAACAGUGACUUAAAUGGAUCACCGUACACUGAGAACAGGUUACCUCUUCUUCCUGAUUAGUCCUGAACCUUAUUUUUCCCCAGUGAGCUAGUCAUGUUCAUGCUUUAUAACAGCCUUGAUCUUGCUCUAUUUUGAAAACUGUCACACGUUAUAGUUGUACGCCUUGCACUGGGGUUUCCUGUCUGCUUGAUUUUGCAUAUUACUGGUCCGCAGUCUGUCUUCAUAGUUUGUACAGUCUCUAGAACUAUGCAAAUUUACAAUUACAACCCCAGAGGUUCAAAUCAAAAUAGUCUGUGAAAUCCAUUAAUUUAAUGAUAUCAGCUCAAGCAUGUUUUACAUCA